AUGACAGACCAAGGAUACUCAUCCGUCGCCGAGACGAAACGAAUACUAGAUCUGGUCCUCAGUGCCGUUCAGAUACCAGCAGAAGCGGAAACGAUCUCAAAGGCCGUACACUUUUCAGCGUCCCGCGACUUGCCUUAUUUCCCGAUCCCCUUCAAGGAAACGGAGUUGGCCUCAGCUUUGAAGGCCAUUGAAGGUGGUGUAGCAGGGGCCCUUGCAGCCACCAAGGAUGGUGACGCUUCCGGCGGGAAGGACAAGAAGGUUUCGGUGAACUUGGAGAAGAGCACAGCGUUUCUAAUUCAGGCCUAUCUGGCAACUGUGGGAGGGUACGGCAAGCUCGAUCGUGAAGUGAAGCGGUUUUUAAAGGAUACGGAUUUGCUCCAGGCUCAGUCAGAUCCUUAUCGCCGAAUGUCUGCGAAUUUGUAUGAGACCAAGCAGCCGGGCGAGUACUACCACAUUCAUGGGUCUCUAGAAGCGUCGACUACGCUUGGCAUGAUUGGACUCGAGCCGUUCAGGCCAGACUUGAAAGAUCACACUGCAAUUGUUGAGGCGAUAGAAUCUCAUGUAAAGCAAUUUACGGUCGAUGAGCUUGAGCGUAUGAAUGCCGAUAAGCGCCAAGCUGGUGUCCCCGUUCUGAAGCAUGAGGAUUUUCUCAAAACACCUCACGGCAAGACGAAUGUCUCCCUUCCUCCCUGGAGCGUAGACAGUCUCGAGACCGCAACGCCCCCAGCUCCUCUGCCGUCCACCUCCGACAAGCGGGUACUAUCGGGCGUCAAGGUGCUCGAGCUGUGCCGCAUCAUUGCAGGCCCAGUCGUAGGACGCAUCCUGGCAGAGUACGGCGCGGACGUUUUGAAAAUCACCAGCCCGAACCUCAGCGACGUUCCCUUUUUCCAGGUCGACGGCAACAUGGGCAAGCACGCCGCGGACCUCGACCUGAAGACCGAAGAGGGGAGACGGCACUUUGAGACUUUGCUGGCCGAGGCGGACGUCGUGCUGGACGGCUACCGCCCGGGUGCAUUGGAAAAGCUAGGUUACGGCGCGACUGCUUUGACCAAGUUGGCCAAGGAGCGCGGCAAGGGGUUCGUGUAUGUGAAUGAGAACUGCUUUGGAUACCAGGGGGAAUGGUGCCAGCGGCCUGGCUGGCAGCAGAUUGCUGAUUGUGUGAGUGGUGUGGCUUGGGCGCAAGGUCAAUUCAUGGGACUCGACGAGCCUGUGGUCCCUCCGUUCCCCAUCUCCGACUAUGGAACGGGAUGCAUGGGCGCCAUCGCCGCCCUGACCGGUCUCUACAACAGAGCGACGCAGGGCGGCUCGUGGCACGGCAAAGCAUCGCUAUUGCAGUAUGACCUCCUCCUGAUCAAGGCCGGAAAAUACCCAGACGAAGUCCAGCGCGAACUGCGCAAGCUCGCGGGCGAAGAUUUCCUCGCACUGCGGCACAGCCACAGCGUCGAUCAGAUUUCCGGCACGGCGCUCAAGGCGAUGAAGCGGUACGCGCCAGAGCUGUUCAGCUCGUCGAACAUCCGCGAGAAGUGGUACGCAAGGCGUUACAAGGCAGAUGUGGAGGCUGUGAGCCCGGUGGUCGAGAUCGAGGGCGUGGAGAUUGGGUUCAAGAGGGCUAGCAGACCGAACGGCUCGGACGAGGCGAGCUGGGACUUUGGACCGGAAGAGGAUCACCGGAUAGUUGCGCACACAAACGGAGUUUCCCACGGCGUGAAUUGA